GUUGAGCACACCCCUGCUAGCACCCGUGCGUCGAGCUCCCUGUCCGGUGAGCUCCCACUGCAAGCCCACUCCGACUCCCAGUCAGGCCAAACUGGACUUGGCCUUCACUCCAACCCUGCACUACCCGCCACCCGUCAGCAGCCACCACGACACACUUCCGAGCCUCACCGGGCGCCCACUCCCUCGUCUGGGGGGAUUGCAGUCCUUUCCUUUUUCUGCGGCAUCGGCACCACCUUCUUGGCUUUACGUGACUUGGACAUACACCCUGUUCUCCUUUGGUCUUGGGAGACUGACCCCGAGUGCCGUCGUGUCACCUCCGCUCACUCCCCCUAUACCCGUCAUUGGGGGGAUGCCUUGUCCUUUGACCCCUGUCAGGUUGCAGCCCUUUUACACUCGCAGUGCCCUGCCGACACACUUGUUUUGGUGUGCUCCAGCCCCCCGUGCACCGACUUCAGUCAAGUCCGAACCUCACCGCCAGGCUUGCAAGGUCAGGAAGGCUGCAAGUUCCGUCAGUGGUGCCAGUGGCUUUCUUCCUUUCGGAAGACCUUGAAGUUGCAACACGUCUUCCUAGUCGAGAACGUCCUCCCGUCAGGAGAAGUUCACCGCGAACUAGACAAGUUAGUUGGCCACAACUCCUUUGUGGUCGACGCGGCCUCCUGGGGAGUGGUUUCGCGGCCAAGGCUCUGGUGGUCGAACGUGUUGACGCCGCCCACGUUAGACAGCAACCAACCCCCAGUAGUCCUGGCAGGACUAGCGCGCUGGCGACGAUAUAAUCGCUGUUGGCAGUUGGUUCCAAGUUCGAACUUGUUUCCAAAGCAGAACGCGGCCGACUGCCCGUACGCAGUUUUUCAUCCAGAUGUGGUGGCCAACCGGUGGGCAGCCGCCUCCCGUCAGUUCCCGCCGUAUCAGUACCGCACCCGAGCCCUGGUGACUAUUCAGGGGCGGUUGACGACGCCUGAUGCCGCAACCCGUGAGUGCAAGAUGCUGGGAAACUCUUGGCAUCUUCCGACAGCACGCUUCCUACUGUUCGUGCUUCUGGCCGCUUGUAACGUGAUCCCAGUCACGUCCGGACCGGUCGAGGCGUGGUUCACGGCCAGUGGAGCGAGCUGCAGCCGUUUGGUUGAGUGGGCCUUGCGCAUCGACAGCGUUGCCUUGAACUUCCCGCCUCACAACCCGUGGAGACAAGAGGUCGUCCGGGACGUCCAGUCACUACGAGAAGACCUGCAAGACGAACAGGAAGUUUGGUUGCAGUCCGCACCACACCACGUUCGACUGGUGUACAGGCAAGGCGGUGACAAGUUCGUCCUACAGCCCUUAGUGGUUCUGCACCUUUUGCGCCUGUUUGAGUUCCCUGGAGUUCAGGACCUUGCUGACGAACUCCAGUUCGGGUUUAAGGUUUUAGGUCCCCUCCCUCCUGGCACAAACUGGGACGUCCGACAGGACGGGAAAUAUAGCAGACCUCUGACAAAAUCCCAGUUCGCAUCCCUGAACAGCGACCAUAAGAAGACCCUGGCUCAGGAGCAGGGAGGUUCCGAACACGCCCCUGCCAUGUUAGCCGAGGUUCACAAGGAGAUGCUCAAGACCAGGUUCCAAGGCCCGUUCGUGCCUGCCGAAGUGGCAGACUCCCCAGCAGCUUUCGGAUCCCGAGCCUUCCCGGUAGUUCAGCAGGACAAGGUGCGCCGAGCAGAUGACUGGCGCCGGUCAGGACACAACAGCACGGUGUUCGUCCUUGACUCACCGCCUUAUGCAGGGACGCAGACGGUCCUCACGUCAGUCCAAGCAGCAGCAGAUUUCGGCCGGCCAGUUCUGGCAGCUCUUGACCACGAUGGUGCCUAUAGGGCACUCCCAGUCAGGAACCCUGACGAAUGCUUUGUGUUUGUCCCGUCAGAGAAAGGACCUGAGGUUUUUCAACACCUUGUCCUUCCUUUUGGAGGGACAGGCAGUGUCUGGGCUUACUUGAGGAUUGCAGAUGUCAUUUGCUUGAUCACGUUAGUUCUGGCAUAUAUCCCAGCUUCUCAUUUUGUAGACGACUUCUACUUCAGCGAGCCUGACAAGACAGCAGACUCAGCUUUUGAGUGCUUCUGCCAGCUACAGUCCCUGUUAGGACGACUGGAGAAACUCCAGUCGCUUCUCGAGAGAAUCCUGUCAGACGACAGCCUGACACCCGAAGAAGCCGCCCACCUGGCAGGAGUGAACACCCCACGUCCGCACGUCCUGUACGCAGACGCUUUCGUGACAUUGGCAGGACAAAGGUGGGCUUACAGAGCCACGGUUCCCAGGCACUUGUUAGCACGAGCUGCCACCACCAAGGCCUUCAUCUUUUGGUUGGAGGCGAUAGGACAGAUCGUCAGCAUAGCAGCAGCAGCCAGGGUCCUGUCCGGUGACGUGCUGUGCUUUGUCGACAACGUGGCCAGUGAGCACGCCUUGAAGAAAGGCUACUCCAAGGACCCUCUUUUGACCAACCUGUUAGGCGAGUGGGAGAUCAGUGACUCGUUAGGCUGCUCCCGACUGUACCCAGACUUUGACGGCAUCUGGGAUCUCCUGUUCGAGAUGACUAAGCAGCCUGUGGACCCCAAGUCAGACCUUUUCGGCGAGCUGGUCAACCUCCUGGCCUU